CCUCUAACCGGUAAGGGUGUGAAAGGACUUCUAGUUGGUUGCCAAGUGUGAUAAGACGUAGUUGUGUUUCCGUGGACGGUCGGUGUUCAAGUGGGAAGCGUUUUCAUUUUGUUGUUGCAAACCAAAGUCGAAGUUGCCCAGCAAAGUCGGCGCGUUAGGUUUUAAUGACAAACAUGCGUACCUUACAAUUCCUACCCGCCCUUCUUCUGCUUCUAACCCAGUCAAAAAUCGUGCUUGGUGAUGUUUUUUCUGCUGUUGCGGGCAUGGAGGUUCUCGUUGCAACAGAAUCGGAACUGGUAAAGCACCUGAAUACUUAUAUCCAGGAAGAGGAGAACAGGAUGAAUCAACUGAGAGGAUUUCUCAAAGAGUACGAAAGCAUGAAUCAGGAGGCCAGUGUAGAUGCGUCGAAAUACUUGGCCAAUCCAAUCAAUGCUUAUUUGCUAGUGAAACGCCUUACGUCUGAUUGGAAAAAAGUGGAAAAGGUCAUGUCUCAAAAUUCUGGAUCAGCGGUUGUCAAAAACAUUACCCAGCAUCGCAACGUGUUACGAUUUCCGUCUGAUGACGAUUUGAAGGGAGCCGCGGUAGCCCUCAUGAGACUGCAAGAUACUUACAAAUUGGAUACUCAUGCGUUAGCUGAAGGAAAGCUGCUGGGAAAGAAGUAUUCUCGCCAUCUUACUGCUGGCGAUUGCUGGGAACUUGGUCGUCAAUCCUACAACAACGGUGACCACUACCACACCGUUCUUUGGAUGGCAGAAGCUUUGAACAAGUUUGAAAAAGAGUCGAGCAAAACUGUUGCAAAGGAAAAUAUUCUCGAUUACUUGGCUUUUUCUACCUUUAAACAAGGUAAUUUGGAAGAAGCGUUGCAGUUGACUCUUGAAUUGCUCAAGAUUGUUCCAUACCACGAACGUGCGAUUGGCAACAAAAAACACUACGAAAAACUUCUUCUUCAGCGAGGAAUCGUCUAUCGCGAAGGAGACAAUGGCAACGCAAAUUUAAGCCAGCCCUUCAACACGGCCAACCUGAAGUUAACAAAACCCUCAGGAAGCACCAACAACUGGGAUGUGUAUGAACAACUGUGCAGAGGUGAGAAGUUGAUGGAUCCCAAAAUAGAAGCAAAGCUUCGUUGUCGUUACAUAACCAGGAACGUGCCCUUCUUUUUCAUUCAACCUAUCAAGAUGGAAGAGGCCUACCUGAAACCACUUAUUGUCAUCUAUCACGAUAUUAUCUCUGACGACGAAAUUGCGACUGUGAAGAAACUGGCACAACCCAAGUUUCAACGAGCAACCGUUCAAAAAAGAGAGACAGGUGAACGUGAAGUAUCUACUUUUCGAAUCGCGAAAUCGUCAUGGUUAAAAAAUGUAGAACACGAGGAUGUACUUAAGAUUGAUCGUCGUGUUGGCGACAUUACUGGACUUGACAUGGCCACAGCUGAAGAUCUACAAGUAUGCAAUUACGGCAUUGGAGGGCAUUAUGAACCUCACUACGACCAUGCCAGGAAAGGAGAAGUUCAGAAAGACUUUGGAUGGGGCAACCGGAUUGCCACUUGGUUAUUUUAUAUGAGUGACGUCGAGGCUGGCGGCGCGACUGUCUUCCCAAAGCUCGACCUUUCCUUAUGGCCAAAAAAAGGAAGCGCUGCUUUUUGGUAUAACCUGGAUCCGAAUGGUGAAGGCAACGACUUCACCCAGCAUGCUGCUUGUCCUGUUCUUACUGGAUCUAAAUGGGUUUCCAAUAAAUGGAUUCACGAGCGAAAUCAAGAAUUCCGUCGUCCUUGCGGUUUGCACCCAGAUUCAGAAAUGUUGUGAUUAGUUGUUGAUUUUUAAUUAUGAUGUUGAUAGUUCUAAUAAAUUUUUUCGGUCGAUAAGUUUGACGAUUAUAG